CACACACUCUUCUUCUUCUUCUUCUUCUUCUUCCCCACCACCACCACUCCAUCGUCGGCUCCGCCGAUCCCCGGCGCCGCCACCGCCUCUCUCGGCCCCUCUCCGCCGCGGACACCUCGGCGGCGCGCGGAGGCGCUCCGCCUCUCGCCUCGAUCAUCCGCCGCCGCCCCAAACCCACUGGGCGUGCCCGAGAUCCGGAUCGAUGGUCUCCGAGGUGGAUCGCUCGCUUUGAUCGAGAUGAUUGAGACUCAAGAAUUUUAAUAACAGCAGUUAAUUUUUGGAGCCACGGGGAUCAAACAUCAUGGCUUCCAUAGCUUCAAAGCAGUACUAUGCGACGAGCAGCCUUGUUAUAGGCUAUGCUCUCUGCUCGAGCCUACUUGCCAUCAUCAACAAAUAUGCCAUCACAAAGUUCAGCUACCCUGCCCUCUUAACCGCACUACAAUACUUCACUUCUGCUUUUGGCGUUUGGGUUCUCGGGAAGCUGGGCUUCCUCUACCAUGACGUUUUCACCUUCGAAACCGCCAAAAGGUUCCUACCUGCUGCCUUCAUCUUCUACCUUGCCAUCUUCACCAACACUAACCUCCUCCGCCACGCAAACGUCGACACGUUCAUCGUCUUCCGGUCCCUCACUCCCCUUUUAGUUGCUAUCGCCGACACAGCUUUCAGGAAGCAACCGUGCCCUUCGAAGCUCACCUUCUUAUCUUUGAUCAUUAUAUUGGGGGGCGCUGUUGGGUAUGUUAUGACGGAUUCGGGUUUUACCCUAACAGCUUAUUCUUGGGCUUUCGCUUAUCUGGUAACUAUAACGACUGAGAUGGUGUACAUUAAGCACAUGGUAACGAACCUCGGGCUCAAUACAUGGGGAUUCGUGCUGUACAACAAUCUCCUGUCGCUGAUGAUGGCCCCUAUCUUUUGGUUCUUGACCGGGGAGAGCACUGAAGUGCUUGAAGCCAUCCGACUGAGGUCCCAGAAUUGGCUCGACUUCGACGCCUUUGUUGCUGUGAGCUUGUCAUGCGUCUUCGGAUUUGCGAUCAGCUUCUUCGGUUUUGCGUGCAGAAAAGCGAUUUCCGCCACGGCUUUCACGGUGACGGGUGUUGUGAACAAGUUCCUCACGGUGGCUAUCAAUGUAUUGAUCUGGGAUAAGCACGCAAGCCUGUUCGGUUUGGUUUGCUUGCUUUUCACUCUUUUUGGCGGGAUCCUUUAUCAGCAAUCCGUUACCGGAGGCGGAAACCCUCCGUCGCAGCGUGAAGCGGCGGGUUCUAGGAAAGCAAACGGUGGAGGAGACGAGUCGGAAGGCGAGGAAUUGGUCGCAACCGAUAAGGAUUCUAGUGUGUAACUAUAGUUUCUCUUUUGUGUUUAUGGAAUGUUCCCUUAAUUUUUCACUCUACUAUCUUAUUAUGUUGCUACUUUAUGAUAAUUGAUUCUUUACAAGGUUAUGUAGAUUCAGUAUAAUUCCUUUUCUUAUAUGAAACUCCAAACAGUUGACAUCUUGUCUCCAAA